GUACUCAUUGAGCAACCCUGUCUUUUAAACAAAUAUAAACAAUCGAUUUUCUCACUGUCACUAAUCUGUCAUCUCUAAUAAAGUGAAGAUUUGUGAAAAUUUUGUAUAUUUUUUUUCAUUUCUCGACAAACAAUUUAAUUUAUUGUUAAUUCAAUGCUUAAAAAAACGACAAAAUGUCCGAUGAUGAAAGCAUGUCUUUAGGACAAUAUAAAAUUAAGGCUUCCACCGUGUGGACGCAACGAAAACGUUCACAACAAGGUCAAGAAGUAAACAACAGCGAGUACGGUGAAAUGUUUGGAGAACAUAUGGAAAACUAUAGUGUGGAAACGACGGCACUGCAUCGCAAACUCCAAAGUAAAAUGGAAGCACUACGAAUACUACGCAAAGAAUUGGAAAAAUUUCGCACGGAACGUGAUCAAUUCAAAUUAAUGGCAGAAACACUUCAAUUGCGUUAUGCAGCCUUGAGACGCAAUAGCCUAUCGGAUAUGGGUGGUUUUACCAGCGAUACCAGUGGGGUGCCCGGCAGUAAUAGUAAAACAAGUGUGGCAAAGAUUUUGCACGAAAGUAGAGAACGUAACAUUAAAUUGACUACAGAAGUUGAGGCGCUAAAACAAAAGUUAUCCGAGGUUCAGGGUGACAUAGAAGUUUUAAGGGGAUCCCAAAAACCACCUCCAGAAGACGUCAAAAGAGGUCAUAAAUCAAAAGUUUCAAUUAAAGAGGAACCCUCCUCACUGGAUGUUUCCACUAAGGAAAUGUUUUUACAGUGGAAACACGAACGCUCAAAUUUUAUUUGUCACUUGGAACAAUUAAAGAAGAAGAAUGCUCAAUUAGCUUUUGACUUAAAAGCCGUUAUUGAUGAGAAAGAGGAAUUAACAAAUGAACGCGAUGCCUAUAAAUGUAAAUCACAUCGUCUGAAUCAUGAACUGCUGGUGGCUUUAAGGGCUAAGGAAAAUCAUCCCAAGUUCCUUGAUAUUGAUAGUAUCAUUUUGGAGAAUAAGUACCUGAAUGAACGUUUGAAGAAUAUAGAAAAUGAAGUUGAAUUAACUAAACAUUCAUUGAGUAAAUACAAGACUAUGUUGGAAACAAAACGUAAAAAAGGUAUUAUGAAAUUAGGUGCCCAAACACCAAUUAAUUUCGAUGAAAAUAUAUUGUCUCAUAAACAAGUUAAAAACCUCUUGGAAAAUGGCAUUGAUUUACCAACGAAAACUGAAACUAUACAUGAUUUGAAAUCACUAUGUUUAACACUGUUGGAUAAUCUAAAUGACAAAAAUUUGGCUCUUAAUCAUCAAAAGAAAACCAACAAAAUAUUGGCUACAAAAAUAGCAGAAUUAGAACAAAGAAUGAAAUCUUUAGCCGGUAUUGAGACUAGUAACGAUGAUGAAGGUUUCUCGGCAUCAGAGUUCCUCUUAAGAGGCUACUGUCCCUCACUAGUCGAUACGAAUUCAAAUUCGGCCCCUGAAGAGCAUGAAGUAUCCACAAAAGCUAGGGUAGCAUCUGCCAAUACAACUACCACUUUCAAAAGUACUACAUCGUGUGGUGAAAGUCAAGUGACUGAAGAUUCUGGUACUAUGUCUUCGGAAAACGAAGAAUCUCUAAAACAGCCAAAUGCUGGAAACUCCGAUGAUGGCAUGUCUUCUUUGUCAACUGAAUCAGGGCGUAGUAUUCAAUCGUCUGAAUAUGAUUUGACUAACAAUGAUAUGAUGGCUCCUUUAAAUUUAAACGAUUUUACUGAUGCCGCUCUCUUUACAUAUAAAACACCCUCCACCACCUCUGGAUCAGCGGGUGGUAAAACGCAACGCCAAGACUCUUCUAGGUCUCUGUUACUACCCAAUUCCAUAGUUCGCGAAAGAAAUGAUGAUUUGAAGGAUUUACCACCCGAAUUGGCAGCAUUGGUGCAAAAAGCUUUACACGAAUUGGAUCUAAGAGAUUUUGACGAAGUUGUGGGUGGUAUCUGUGAAGAUGUGGCCAUCGAAGCCAAGGAAGAUGCUGUUUCCUCGAAUAUUGGUGAAGACAACAAUGAUAUUUUAGAAGAAGAAUUGAAUAGUGAAGAUGGUGCCAUUGGUGGUGUCUGUUCGAAUUUAAUUGAGGCUAAUUAAAUUAAUGUAUUACAACUACUCCCCUUUAAACUCUCUCACUUUCUCUAAAUAUAUUUUUUAUUUUCUUUACUCUAAGUCCAUAUCAACCAUAAACAUAGUUUUAUUUCCAACACAACAUCUUUGGUGAAACAAAAACGAACAUAAAGCUGAAGUCUUAACAUUUGACAAAGUAAACCCUCCCUCACUCUAUUUAACAAACAACUAUAUAUUUUCUAGUCACUGUUUUAUGAAAAAACAAAUAUAAAUAUAAAUGAAUAAUAUAUAUAAACUAAACAAUAUUUAACUGCCGCCCUCAUAUUUAUACUCUAUACAAAUAAAUUAAACAAAUUCAUGAUGAACGUACCUUUUUAACUUAAAAAAAAACCAAAGAAAUCUCAAACUUCAAAUAUUAAAUCGCAACAAAACUAUAACUCCUUCAACACACAUUGUUAUUAAUCAAUACAAAAAACACACUCUUAACAAUUUGUUAUGUAUCAUCCGUACGGUUAUAAUAAAAGCUUGAAACACAAUAAAUAACAUAAUAAUAGUAAAAUAAAACAACAAUGGCUUAAAAUAUUCAUAUUUAUAUUGAUAUAUUGUUAAAUUAAAUAAUAAUAAUGAAAAAGACUAAAAAAUAAAGCUAUAUAAACGUUAAAUUUAAAA